AUGGGCGGAGGAACGCCACGCAGCAGUGGGGAAUUCUACUCAAUGAGCAACAACUCUACGGAAACUCUGGCAUCUGAAUAUCCAACUCAACCCACGCGGGGGCCUAUGCGGCCGCCGCAUUUCCGAAAGUCUUCCAACUUUGCCUCACAUAACCCUAGGCAACCCGAAUCGUUGAUGAUGGGUUACGCUCAGAUUCAAGGCUCAUUCACCUUGGAUGGCUCACUCAUCAACCUCGGGCCGUUUGAACAAGUCAAGCGAAAGGCCGUUGUCGGCGGCCAAGGAGGUGGUGUCAUUGGUGUGGAGCCUUCGAAACGGGAUAGUGGACUGCUUCGAAGUUUCGGAUGGGGGAGUAUCAGCAACUCAAUCGGAGAGCUGCUUGGAGCCGGCGAGGUCAGCAGCAUUAAAGAUAUGCGCGGCAUCGCCAGCGCCAAGUCUGUCCCUCUGCUCUCGACUCCUCAGUCCAUCUUGUUUGUGGACCUUAAUUUGGCCCCCGGAGAGCACAAAGCUUUCGAGUAUUCAUUUCAGCUCCCAAAGGGCUUACCACCGACACAUAAGGGGAAAGCGGUGAAGAUAUCUUAUAAUCUAGUGAUUGGUACACAGCGAGCAGGUGGCUCUAAGGAGCAGCAGGUGCGCUCCGUUGAGAUCCCCUUCCGGGUCCUCGGCAGCGUAAACAGCCAUGGAGAGAUUCUUGGCCAUGAUCUCAUGAAUCCGUACAUCAUACUUCGCGACCAGGCGAAAAUCAAGACUGUCGACAAACUAUCGACCCUCAGCGAGAUCAAGAAGCUAAAAUCGACCAAGACGGACGCAACAAUUAAUGAAUUCCUCGUAUAUGUCGACGAGCUUUUAACAAGGCCGCGGCAGGGAUCCAAUGCAGGGCUGCUAUCACCGACAGCAUACCCCAGCUCUCGACGUCCAUCAGUAUUUGAGGAGGCGACGACGGCCACAGAGGCCAUUAAUCUGGCCAUCAUGCGCAGCAACUUGACUUCCGAGGGUCAGCAAAGCCCAAACCGCUUCGAGAUUGCCCGCAACGGACAGCGGGUGGGUGUCGUUAUGCUUACGCGCCCCUCGUACCGUCUGGGCGAAGUCGUUACUAUGGCCAUUGACUUCACAGAUGCCGAAAUCCCCUGCUACGCGGUUCAUUCCUGUCUCGAGUCGGCCGAGCGAGUCGAGCCGCACCUGGCCAUCCGCUCAGAAGCCUCGAUCCACCGCGUCACGCGGAAAGUCCACGUGUCUGCCUCGGAGGCGACGCUCUACUCGCGGAGAAUGGUCUUCACUCCGACUAUCCCCAUUACUGCGACACCAGAGUUCGUCACGACGGGCAUCUCAUUCGAGUGGAAGAUCCGCGUGGAAUUCGUGGUGCCGAGCCAGGAGACCGAGCUGGAGCGUGAGGCGCCUAGCACGCAUCCAUUACUAGAAGAAAUAUCCCGGGACGAGCGCGGAGGUCUAGUGCUCGUGGCAGUAGAAAACUUGGCGUGCGAGAGCUUCGAGGUGGCAGUCCCCCUGCGCGUAUACGGUGCUGUGGCAACGGGGCUCGAGAAGCUGGAGCGGGACGAGGCAUUGGAAGAGGGACUCGCUGUUUGA